AACAUUUGCGUCUCUCUCGCUAACAUUCACUCUGUGCUGCUGCUGCUGCUGCAGUCAUGGAGUCCCACGUCCUCUCACGCGCCACUUCCUUCGCCGGCGGCAUUUCCAGUCUCCGCAAGUUGCAUAGGGAGACCACCACCAACAACCAUAUCGCCUUCGUUCAAACCAGGCCGAUCGUCGAGGGAGCUAACUUGAUUUGGGGACGACAACUACGGCCGUCUCUACUUCUCGACAACCUCUCGACGCCGAAUCUAUCCUCGGCCAAACGGGAGACGCUUCGGCCUACUUUUGCGGCAGCCUCCUCUUCUUCCGCCGGAGGCAGCGAUUCCGCUGGGGAAGCGAAGGUUGCUCCAGUGGGUUUCUUUGAGAAGUAUCCGGCGUUGGUCACCGGAUUCUUCUUCUUCAUGUGGUACUUUUUGAACGUGAUUUUCAAUAUCCUCAACAAGAAGAUAUAUAAUUACUUCCCCUAUCCAUAUUUUGUGUCGGUGAUCCAUUUGCUCGUCGGAGUGGUGUACUGUUUGAUAAGCUGGGCUGUCGGUCUUCCUAAGCGAGCACCUAUUGACUCAACCCUUCUGAAGUUGCUGAUCCCUGUAGCUUUCUGUCAUGCACUCGGCCAUGUCACUAGCAAUGUCUCAUUUGCAGCUGUAGCUGUCUCAUUCACACACACAGUCAAAGCUCUGGAACCGUUCUUUAACGCCGCCGCUUCUCAAUUCAUUUUGGGGCAAUCCAUUCCCAUUACCUUGUGGCUUUCAUUGGCUCCCGUUGUCAUUGGUGUGUCAAUGGCGUCCUUGACUGAGCUUUCAUUUAACUGGACUGGCUUCAUUAGUGCUAUGAUUUCCAAUAUCUCCUUUACCUACAGAAGUCUUUACUCAAAGAAAGCCAUGACUGACAUGGACAGCACCAACGUCUAUGCCUAUAUUUCCAUCAUUGCUCUCCUUUUCUGCAUUCCACCUGCUGUAAUUGUGGAGGGGCCUCAGCUGCUGAAGUUUGGUUUCAACGAUGCCAUAGCCAAAGUUGGUGUAACCAAAUUCGUGUCAGAUCUCUUCUGGGUAGGGAUGUUUUAUCACCUUUACAAUCAGUUAGCAACCAACACCCUGGAGAGGGUGGCACCACUCACCCACGCAGUCGGCAAUGUGCUGAAACGUGUAUUUGUGAUCGGAUUCUCCAUCAUUGUCUUUGGCAACAAAAUUUCAACCCAGACUGGUAUUGGAACCAGCAUUGCCAUUGCAGGAGUGGCGCUUUACUCGUACAUCAAGGCUAAGAUGGAAGAAGAGAAACGACGAACAAAGGUGGCUUGAAGAAGCAGAGCAGCAGCAGCUUGGGGAUGAGGGGAGGAUUUGGUGUCGUAAAUUUUUAAAUAAUUCCAUCAACAACAAAAAAGAUGAAGAAAAUUACGAUCAGAUUCUAAGCCCAGACAUUUACUGUCUCAUUUUAUUUAUUUUAAAACAAUGCCACUAUUUGCCGCAUUGCUCCAACCUUUCCUCCCAAUAACAUCCGCAAAAUUGUUCAAAUUA